UUGUGAUUCCUCGCAUUUGUGAUAUUCGGCUCGAGAAUGGUGGGUGGGUGGCGUUGCGCGUUUAUUAUAUGCGUCUGCGCAUGGUACGGAAAUACUGCGCGAAUACUCAUCGUAGUGCCAACUCCUUCUAUUAGCCAUCAGGUAGUGUUCCGUCCAAUAGCACAGGAGUUGGCAAAGCGUCAUCGUGUUGUUAUUUUAACUACCGACCCAGCCUUUCCAGACCAGGCCCCGCCGAAUCUCACAGAAAUCGAUCUCCACGACGUAUCCUACACUCCGUGGAUCGACCGCUUCCUUAAAACCGCAAAUAAAAAGCAAAAUGAUUUAUAUACUCAGAUAUAUACGGGGCUUGAUGUCAUAUUAGAAAUAUUCCCAAAGCAAAUGAAGAGUGAUAGUGUAAAGAGGGUGUUUGGAAAAGAAAAGCAUUUCGAUUUAGUGAUCGCGGAAGCAUGGACGAGACCGGCACGGGCACUGUCUCAUGUCUUCAAAGCGCCUGUUAUAUUGGUGACUACUUUUGGGGGAACGGAUGAACAAUACCAGUUAAUGGGGGCUCCUGUCGAUCCGAUAUUGUACCCAGACUUCCUGCGCAGGCGGCUGUUCAAUCUUACAUUAUGGGAGAAGGUGACAGAGUUAUAUAAUAGGUACAAAUUAAAUCGGUUAAUAAUGGCGCAUGAGGAGAAAGAAAAUGUGAUGCUUCGUGAUUUGUUUGGAAAGCAUACGCCUCCGUUGGAGGAAAUAAAUAAGAAUGUGGAAUUGCUCAUGUUGAACAUAGAUCCUGUGUUUGCGGGCUAUCGUCCUCUGCCGCCUAAUGUGAUACAUUUGGGGAGCCUUCAUUGUGCGCCGUCUAAAGAUCUGCCUCAGGACCUAAAGUCAUGGAUGGACUCAUCCAAGCACGGAGUCAUCUACGUGAGCUUUGGUACAAACGCGGAUCCGUCGCUGCUUCCACCGGAGCGUAUGGCGAUCUUCAUUCGGGUCUUCGAGACACUGCCGUAUGAUGUGCUGUGGAAGUGGAAGGAGCCGCCAGCGGGACUGCCGGCUAAUGUGCGGACGUCGGGUUGGUUGCCGCAGUCUGAUCUGCUGCGCCACAAGAAGCUGGUUCUCUUCAUCACCCAAGGAGGCCUGCAAUCCACAGACGAGGCCCUCCGCGCUGGUGUGCCUCUCCUAGCUUUCCCCAUGCUCGGUGACCAGUGGUUUAAUGCUGAACAAUAUGAGAGGCUCGGUGUGGGGCGAAGGCUGGAGUUUGCUUCAUUCACUGAUGUCCAACUACGGGAAAAUAUUGAAGAGCUAAUAAAGGACAAAGGUUACCGCUCCCGCUCAAAGCUAUUAAGUGAAGAGAUGCAAGACCGCUCAGAGUCGUCGCUCGAGCGCGCCAUCUGGUGGAUCGAGCGCACAUUGCGGCGCCGCACGCGCAGGCGCGCCCCCGCCGUACACGUCAACUGGCUUACCUUCAUCGAUGGAGACAUAGUAGCGGCCGCUCUUGUGCUGAUCAGUGUGCUGCUGUCGCUUUUUGGACUUUAUAAAGUGUUAACUAGAAGAAGUAUGAAAGUCAAAACUACUUAAUCGUAAAACAGUUGUUCACCCCCUUGUACAUAAUUGUGUUGUAUCUUCAUUAGAAGUACUUAUAGAGAAGAAACUCGUAACCAUUUUAAUGCGAAUACUAAACGGAUUUCAAAGGUUGAUUUCAAGCUUAUUCUGAUAAAGUUGUGACCGAAUGAACACACAAUUACAAUUAUCACAAAUAAUAAGAAUAUUGUUAUUGCAUCUUCCCUAUUGCCGACUGUUAUCUGUUUAUGUUUUUGUU